UCUCUUUGCUUCCCGUGGCACUCAGCACUGAACUGCAGUUUCCUGACUCUCUCUGCUGACCAGGAAGCUGCAUGGAGGCCCCUGGGAGAAGUGAUCUGCUGAGGAAGCUGAAAGCCCUGGGCAAGGAGGAGUUGGAGGGGUUCAAGGAUAAGCUGAGUGAAGUCCUGCUGGAGAGGGGAUCUGAGCCCAUCCCCGUAACACCAGCUGACCCAGCAGCCCUAACCGACCUGCUGCUCAGACACUGCAGAGGGGACUCAAAAGUGUUUCUGAAAGUCCUGGAAGAUGUUGAAGCCAGACUCCGGAAAGUCUCUCCCACAGCUUCCAGCCACCCACAACAAGCGCAGAAGCCAUCCACUUGCACUAAAGCAGGAGAUUCAGGACCAAAGAGCCACUUCAUGCAUUCAGGCGAUGAGAUUCCCCCUGGUGAAGGAGGGACACUAGCAUCUGCGAUUGCCUUCAUGAAGAGGCAUCUUUCCUUCACUGGCUCCAAGGCCGAAGCUGCAGGAAAACAAAGCAGGAAGGAGGAUCCCACUGGGGACAGCUGGGGAACGGACAAAUGCAAACUGUGUCCCAGGGAGGAGGAUCCUCCAGAAGAAAUACACCCUGAGACUGUUCGGGGCACAGAUGGGAACCAGGAGAUGUACAGGGUUCACCUCCCCGGGGCAGGCUCAUUCCGUUGCUCUGAAACCGAACUGGGGUUUGAGGCGAGGGCAGCCGUUACUGUCCAAUACAGAUACGGCUUCUGGGAUCAGCAUCUGAGUGUGUGGAGCACUCCUAAAUGGAUGAUCGCUGGCCCUCUGUUCAGCAUCCAGGCAGAACCGGCCGGGGCCGUGGCAGCCAUUCACCUCCCGCACUUCCUGUGUCUCAGAGGGGCUGACACCUCCCGGAUGCAAAUCGCCCAUUUCAUCGAGGAGGGGAUGACCCUGGAGAAGCCAAUGCAAGUGAGGCCAUUCCAUGCUGUGCUGGAGAACCCCAGCUUCUCCCUGUAUGGAGUGGUCUGGGGGAAUCGCUCCAAACCACCAAUUCUGAUCCACUCCAUUGUACUGCUCUACUGGGCACUCAAGAUGGCAAAGACGACUCUUCACCUCUACAUCAUCCCUAACGACCACUCCCGGUUCAAGGCCGUUGAUGACUAUGAAAAGAAGUGCCCAUCAAGGCUGGUGUCGACAUCUCUUCAGACCCAUAAGCCCCUGACCUUUGAUUCUCAUUAUGUGGUGUCCAGUCAAUCAAACAUAGAGGUGACACCCAAGGAGCUGAAGUUUUGUAACAUCCAAGCAGAGUGUCUGCAGUCGUUUAUGGAAAUCUACACCAAGGACAUUCAGGGGGGACUGGAGUUCAGCUUGGUAGAGAAAAUCAACAAGGGGCCCAUCUGGGAGGCACAUGUGAGACCAGAGGAUGUGACGCUUUCUGUGUCAUCUGCCCAAACUCAAACAGAUGAGCAUUUUGUCAACCAGCACCGAGAACAGUUGAUCCAGCGAGUGAUGGCAGUGGAUAGCAUCCUGGAUUCGUUGUAUGGCCCCGUUCUGGACCUGGAGCAAAUCCAGAGCAUCAGAGCAGAGAGAUCCAGCGUGGAGAAGAUGAGGAAGCUGUACGAGCUAGUGCCUAAAUGGGACAAGGACUGCAAGGACCGGCUCUACCAGGCACUGAAGGAGAAGCACAGACCUCUAGUGGAAGAGCUUGAGGGGAUAUAGAUUGUCCCUUGGGGGCAGCAACCUUCUAGUGCGGGGACAGGAUGUGGUUGAAGAUCUCCUCCCAAUUCCAAAUGACCAGCCCAACAGCCAGAGUCCAUCACCCGGCUGACUCUGUUACGGGUUAAGGUCCUCUGCUUCUUAACACACCCAGCUUAUUGUGCUAAGGUGAAUAUUUGUCUCAUGAUGAGAACAGCUAGGGUGUGGGAGCUGGGAUUCCUGGAUAGCGUUCCCGGCUCUGGAAGGCGAGUGGGGUUGAAUGUUUGGUGAGGGGGCAGGGCUGGGAGUCAGGUUGCCUGGGUUCUAUUUCCUGAGCCGAACUCGGGGGAGUGAAUUCCAAAGUCAAGGUUCCCUCAUGGAAAAUGCUCCGCUGGCUACUCACUUAUUUAGUCUCCACUUCUUCAGCUGUCUGGUCUGCUGUGCUUCGGAGUCACCUUUGAGACUUCCACGGGGGUCUGCGUAGGCAAAAGUAUCCACCCGGACAGAUCCAACUACCAAAGAACUCAAGUGCAUUCAUUGAUCGCAGGGUAAUGUACAGAAAUGAUAUUAAAUCUCUCCUGUGGGGCGGGUGUGCUGAGAAUCAGACCCCCAGUUUGGGGAGACUAAAGUCCUCUAAGGUCCCCAGUUAUUUCCAGUGGUCUGUAGCUAAGGAAAUGUGAGUGAGCCAUUUCUGAUGCCACCUUUGCUGCUGUCAACUAGAAUGACUAGUACUUUGCAUCGACCCUCCCAGCUGGAAUAUCAGUACUUUGCACUGACUGAACACCUGGAGUCCAAAGGACUCCCUGUGCUUUUGCAGUUUUGUAUCCAGAGAGUGGAAAACCCAAUCUAUGUAAGUGCCAAGGGGGUCUGAACUGAUUGAACAAACUUUCCAGACAACAAGCCUCUCUCUCAAAGGUGUCACAUUAGCACUGGGGGACUGGAGGCCUCAUGGUACUGCAAAUAGAGUAGAGCGAAUGAUGGAUUUUCUGGCUUGGGGGCUGAACCAAAAAAUCCAAACAAAAAAAAAACCUGUUCGAUUUGAACAGAAAACAGUUUCUUUCCUUCUGUUGUUGAAUAGAAAAUAAUUAAUUUAGAAGCGGCCGAAACAUUAUGAGUCAACGUGAAAUCAUUUUUGUUUGUUUUAGUCUAUUCAGCUAUUUCAGGUGUUUUCCAUGUUGGUUUUGAUUUGGUCAAAUUUGAAAUCAGAACACCUGUUUCUGUUUCAAAAAGUCUAAUCAAUUUUUUUUCCAACCGAAACUAUUCAUCGAAUUUGACGGGGGUAUAGGGCUUUUCUUCCCAUGGCCAAUAAUCUUUCUCACCUGAGCAAUCACACUGACAUCAACCGCUCGUUUUUUCCAACUUCCACAUUCUUGGAAGGCAAAAGUUGGGCACCCUGGAGCAUCAACAAUCUCAACACCAUCCUUAGCAGUAUAUAUUUGUCUGGUGAAAUCGAUGCCUGGGCUGGAUGGCAUGUAGUGAAUGAGAUGGGAAUUUCAUGGAUCAUCAACGUUAAGGCCAGGAGAGACCAUUGUGAUCAUGUAGUCUGACUUGUGUGUUCACAGGCUGGUGGUUUGCCUCUGGUGACAAGAAGUAUAAGGUCCAUUGUUUUCAAUGAAUGGCUUAUGUAUGAUUGUGUUCUACUCCAGGGAAAAGUGCUAUCCCAGCUCCUCCAGGAACUAAAAUCAGUGGUUGUUGAUUAAGGCAAGCCAGCCAGGUUGUAACCCCACCCACAAGGUUCCACCUCGCAGGGGAGGCUCACAAGUACUGGUUCAAAUAGGUUCUCCGGAGACCAACAGACAAAGAAAGGGCUUUUGGAUAAAUAGCCUGAGUUUAAACAGACUCAGGGCCUUCUUCCUGAUCCAGCAAACAGACAGGACCUUCUGUCCAAGCCAGACUCCAGUCCUUGCAGAAGGGUUGGAAGGGCUUGAUCUGCUAGGGCCCCAUAAAACAGAUGGGUGGCCUCUGGUAAGCUUUUAGUGUGCGUGUAGGUUCUUGUAUUGUUUUGAUAUGUUUUCUCUGUAAUGUUUUCACCUUAAGAAUAAAUGUGGUCGCUCAGA